AUGUAUAUGAGAACGGCCUUGGCAACAUGUAGUGGUGGUGCAGGCUCGACUGUCGUACUCUCGUCGAGUACGACCUCAUACGAAGAAAAAAAAUAUCUACGAGCAACUGUUGUGAAAAAUUUUGUAGAUAUCGACAAAGAAAUGUGUUGGGACCUAAUGCGUGUAUCGUUAUUGUUGCACGUGUCGGCAACAGGUAUUGAAAACAAACUGGCAACUUUGAGUUUGAACAAAAUUCAUACGGAACGAGAAAUACGAAAUUUUUCAGUUGCUGGGCAUUUAACGCCAGAAAAAAUGUUGUCGUCGGCCGAAAUAGUGAAGCACACGAUUAACGACUGA